AUGUCAAGUGAUGAAGGGGAAACACCAAAGAUGGGAUUUGGACAUGCCAUGUUAUUAAAGAUGGGAUGGAAAGGUAAAGGUUUAGGUGUUGAAGAAGAUGGUAGAACUGAAAUUAUUGUAAAUAAAAAGAAACAAGAUAAAGUUGGUGUUGGUGCAUCAAUAUCUGAUAGAGUUUCAACCUCAAAUAAUUGGGAAUCUACCAAUGAAGCAUAUGAUCAUAUCUUGGCAAAAUUAAAUGGUGUUGAUGAAAUUACAUGGAAAAAAAAAAAUAAUAAAUUUGUGAAAGAAGAAAAAAUCACUUUUAAAAGAACUAUUAAAAAGAAUUCAAAAAAAAACAAAGAUGAAAGUGAUAGUGACAGUGAUAGUGAUAGUGAAAGUGAAAGUGAUAAAAAACCAACUAAAAAACAAAAAGUACAAUCAGAUAGUGAUAGUAGCUGCAGUGAUAGCAGUAGUAGUAGUAGUAGUAGUAGUAGUGAAAGUGAAAAAGAAGAUAAAAGUAGUAGUAAUACAACAAGUGAUGAAUCAGAUAAAGAAAGUAGUAGUGACAGUAGUGAUAGUAGUGAAAGUGAAAAUGAGAAAAAAGAUAAAAAAAAGAUUGUAAAUAAUAAAAAAGGAAAAGAUAGUGAUUCAUCAUCUUCUUCAGACGAUAGUUGCAGUAGUGAAAGUGAUUCAUCAUCGUCAUCAUCAUCAUCAUCAUCAUCAUCUGACAGUAGCAGUGAAAGUGAUAGUGAUAAUAAAAAUAAAAAUAAAAAUAAAAAUAAAAAUAAAAAAUCAAAAGAAUCUGAUAGUAGCUCAAGUAGCUCAAGUAGUGAAAGUGAAGAAGAAGAAAAGAAGGAAGUUGCAAAGAAAUCAUUCUCUGUUUCAAAAACAAGAUACCAAAGAUUAUUAAGAGCAAAGAGUGUAAAAAAUUAUAGUGAAGAUGAUUUAAGGGAAAUUUUAGGUUAUAGACCCAAUCAAGAUACAAGAAAACUCAAAACUAAAGAAUAA